AUGUCGGUGCGGCGCGGCGCGGCGCCGAAACGCGCCGCCUCGCCGGAGUCCAGCGAGGCGGUGAAGCGGCGAGAAGUCGCCGAGGCGCGCAUGUACUCCGUUGGCGGCGAUCUGUUCCAGGACGGCGAAAAAUUUCACUGGAAAAAAAAAGAGGCGCAGGCGUCGGCCGCCGGCCUCUCGCGCGAAGACGCGGAGCGGCGCGAGCGCGAGCGGCGGACCGAGGCCAUGCACGAGGUGGAGCGCCUGAAUGCGCGGCGUAUGCAGCGCGAACGUGAGCGGCGCGCGCGCGAGCAGGAAAAGGCGCACGCCGCACGCACGUCCGAGUCGGCGGCGACGGAUUGGGCGGCCAAAGAGGACCAGUUCCACCUCGAGCAGGCGAAGCUGCGCGCAUCGAUCCGCGUGCGCGAGAACCGCGCGCAGCCAAUUGACGUGCUCGUGAUGCACUGGAUGUGGGCGCGCCCGAGCGACGGCGCGUCCAGCGACGAGGACGACGGCGCAGAGGCCGAGCUCGCGGAGCCGACUGCGCUCUUUUCGUCGCUGCUCCCGACGGAGCUUGCCGAGCUCCACCAGGAUAUACAGUCGUUUGUGCAACUCGAGCGCGACCGCGACGCGAUCGAGUUCUGGCGGCACAUGCUGAUCGUCUGCGACGACCGGCUGCGUACGCAGCGCGGCGAGGCGAGCGGCGCGCACGUCGACGCGUCGAUCGUCGCCGAGACCGACGCGAUGCUCGCGGCCAAGUCGGCCGACGAGCUGUACGACCUGCAGUGCCAGGUGCGUGCCAAGCUGCGCUCCGGCGAGCCACUCGACGUAGAGUACUGGGAGUCGCUGCUGCGGCGCAUUGUCGUCUGGCGCAGCGUCGCGCGGCUGCGCGAAGUGCACGCGCGUGUGCUGGACCACCGCAUCGCGCACCUCCAGCGGCGGCAGCGGAAGGAAGGGCGGCGGCAGCAGACCGAGAUGGCGCUCGAGCUCGAGGAGCACACGCCCGCCGAGGCGCAGCUGCACGAGACGUGGGACGCGGACAUGGAGCCUGCGCCGCGCGAUCCUGGCCAGCUGUCGUACGCCGAGCGGCGGCUGCCGGUGCUCACGGUGGCCGAGCAGCGCCGCGCGCUGGUCGAGGCGCGGCGGCGCAUCCUGCGGGCGGCCUUUGUCCCCCGGCGGCGCCCGCGCGACGAAGCCGAUGCUCAAGAGACCGUCGCCGACCAAAUGUUCCGCAUCGAGUCGGAGCGCGCGCUCGGCGUGGAGGAGGAGACGUUCAACGAGGACGUGAGCCUCGGCGCGCCUGUAUACCAGUGGCAGGACAAGUACCGAGCACGCAAGCCGCGUUACUUUAAUCGCGUGCACACCGGCUACGAGUGGAACAAGUACAACCAGACCCACUACGACGCGGAGAAUCCCCCGCCCAAGGUCGUCCAGGGCUACAAGUUUAACAUUUUCUAUCCCGACCUGAUCGACAGCACCAAGGCGCCGUCGUACAAGAUUUUGCGCGAAAAAGGGAGCGACACGGCGCUGCUGCGAUUCAGUGCGGGGCCGCCGUACGAGGACAUUGCGUUCCGCAUCGUCGACCGCGAGUGGGAGUUCUCGCACCGCAAGGGGUUCCGCUGCACGUUUGAGCGCGGCAUCCUCCAGCUGUAUUUCAAUUUUAAGCGCCUAAAGUACAGAAAGUAG